CAGAGUGGUGCGGGCACGAGGCGCACCGCAACCACUCCCGGAGGGAGGAGACUCUGGUCUCUCAAAGCAACCUCCAAAGCCCUUUCCCCCUCUCCCCCAUCCCCCUCCCCCCUCUGGCACAGAGCAGCGUGGUGCGGGCACGAGGCGCACCGCAACCACUCCCUAUGGGAGGAGGCGUGCAGUCCAGCGCACGAUGCAUUCGGGUCGCAAAAGAUCAGCGUGCGCAAGAAGGGCAAGGACCCUGCUCUCUGGGACAUAUACAUCGAGGAGCAGCCGGAGCCGCAUAAUUCCCAGUACUGUGAGGUGCUGGGGCGGCAGCAGCGCCUGUGGCUGCAGGACGAGGUGCAUGAUUCGAAUGCGCCGAUCAAGAUCAUUGUGUCGCCCUCGCCGCUCUUCACGAAUCCGAUGCCGCAGCCCUGCUCGCCGUUCCCGAAGCAGCUCUCCACUGCUGCCACGCUUACCGGGCCGUAUGGGUCCGAGCCUCCUGAUGAACCGGAUUUUGCAGGCUCGGCAGCAGCAGCAGCAGCACCUUCUGGUGCCUAUGGUUCGGUUUCCGAGCCUCCUUCUACGUCCGUUCCGCCUGUGGCGCCGGUUACGGAGGACCCAGUUACCAACGUAACACAGUGCACGUGCUCGGGGGACGACUGGGAGUGUUACAAGCCGGCACAGCUGCACUUUCUGGAGAUGCUCUCGCGGGUGGAAAAAGGGUGUGUGGUGCUGCUGACAGGCGACAUGGGGUACUCAGACAUCAAGGUGUUCCGGCCGGGGCCAGGGCGGGCAUACACGGAUCUCUACCGCAGCUCACAGCAUUAUCGCCCCAUCUACCAGGUCUGCAACGCGUGGACGCAUGACCCUCUCAAGAUGCGGCACCCCUCUGAGUGCUCCAUUGCCCCCGCCCCCUCCUUUGGCAUGGUGGAGGUGAGUGCUGCCGGGUACGCAAGCGCUGUUCUUCCGCCUGCAUGGCUUCCGCCCAGUGGCGCGCCUACUGGGAGCGGCGGGAUUUUCCGCCGAGAGUACAGUUUGCGGGACUUAGAGGUCCGGGGGCGGCGGGGAUUGGCGAGUGCUGCGGAAGCUGCGCCAGCGGCGGAUGCGAACGAGGUGGCGCGGAUGGCGGAAGCUUCCGCGGAACGUGCGCCAGAGGCUGCGGCGGGGGAGAGAGACUUGGAGAAACACGGGGCGCAGACGCGCGCAGAGGGCGGUGGGCGGAAAGGGGGGGGCAAAGGCGGGGGAAGCGGGUGGUGGGAGGCGGAGGAGAGGCGGAGGCAGAAGCGCGUGCCAGCGUGGGUGUUCGGGGAGUUCGAGCAUCCCAUCCGACGUGGCGGCCUGCCGUUGCACGCGUGGAUCGCGUUCAAGGUUCUCAAAGAUGCCGGCCUGGAACCCUACCUGGUGGGCGGCGCAGUGCGCGACCUCUUUUUGGGGCGCAUUCCCAAGGACGUGGACAUCAUAGUGGACGCGUCACCCGCCCACGUGGCACGUGUGUUCCGUGAGCGCAAGUUCCGCCCCGUCGUGAUUGGCCGCCGCUUUCCCAUCUGCCGAGUCUUCCUAAAAAACGCCGUCGUGGACAUUUCCAGUUUCGACAGUGAGCCAACCGCGGUGAUUUCCCCUGCUGUGUCCUCAAAAGACGAUGCACUCCUGGCAGCACCGGCCGCUCAGCCCCCCUCUGUUUUAGAACCAGAACAGCUUGCAGCAGCAGCAACAACAGCAGGGGAAGACGGGAGCACAGAUGGGAGCACCACCAGGGCUGCAAACGGGGCACAGGAAGCAGGGGGGUUGGAAGGGAGGGAGCGCUGGGAGGAGGUAGAUCUAGUGAAGGUUUUAUCUGUGGAGUCAGAUGGAUGGGCAGAAGAGGAAGGGGAGGAGGGGGAAGGGUUGAGGGCAGAAGGGGGUGCAGCAGAAGCAGCGCAGGAGGGGUUGGGUGAGGAGCGGGAUCCUGCUGCUGCUGCACGUGCUGCUGCUGAUGUUAGGAUUGCUGGGGCUGCUGCAGCAGCAGGUAUUGAUGGUGCCGCUGCGGAUCCCGGAACCACCACUGGUGGCGCUGCUGCUGUUGCUGCUGAUGAGGGCACUAAAGCUGGCGGCGCUGCAGCAGCGGAGGUGGAGGCUUUGUGUCAAAAGGAGUCGGAUGGGGUUCAGGUGGACUGGAGGAGCACGGCAGUGCGGCCAGCGGUGCAGCGGCAUGCGUACGUGUGGUCGGAGGGGGACGAGCGGCGGUGGCGUAACUCCAUGAAGCGCGACCUCACUGUCAAUGCCCUGUUCUUCGACCCGCAUCGGCACAUGCUCUUUGACUAUGUGGGGGGCACCCGUGACCUCUACAAGCAGACCGUGCGAGUCAUUGGAGACACGCGAGCCAGCUUCCAGGAGGACCCUGCGCGGUGUGUGAGGGCCAUUCGCCUGGCAGCGCGUCUGGGCUUCCGUCUGAGCACGGGGGCGAGCCGAGCUCUCAAGGCGCCCUCCACCCUGCCCGCUGUCGCCACUCUACCUCAGUCUCGCCUGCAAAUGGAGCUGGUGCAGUUGAUGUCCCACGGCGCAUCUGAGCCGUCCAUUCGCUUGCUCUGGCAGUUCAACCUGCUCCCUCUGCUGCUGCCGUUACAGGCGCAGUACCUGCGGGCAAAGAAGUUCUCUCAGAAGGCAAUGACAGACCGACCCGACCUCAUGUUUAUCCUUGCACUCUUCCCUCACCCUCCCGCCUCCCGUUCUCUCCCAUUCCUCACCCUCCUAGCUCCCAUUCCUCAUCCUCCGAAUUUCCUUCCCCUGCUGGCCUGUGCUGCCCUGCCUGCUUCCUUGGCGUUCCUGCAGGACUUGUUACACGAGCUGGACGCACUAGUGCAACCAGACAACCCAUGCCACCCAUCCACGUGGCUCUCCCUCCUCGCGCUCCACCUGGCGGCCUCUGAGUUGCCGAACCACCUCCGUCCUCUCGCCCUCCUGACAGCUGUCCUUGCCGCCCACCCCUCCUGUCCGUCCGCUCGGAUUGCGGCACGUGUCGCCAUCUCCUUUGCCCAGUCCUCCCAUCCAAACCUGUGCCAGAGGCUCGGUAUUCAGGGUCUGACCUGGUCGGCUGGGGAGACGCCGAGCCUGACUGGUGAAGGCUUGAGGGAGAAAGAAGGUAGGAUUGGGCCAAAGCAACAGGACGGACAGAUAGGAGAAAACAUUUAUGAUGGACGCAUUGGAGGAGAAGAGGAAGCGGGAGGAGGGCAGUGGGCAACAGAGGGAAGCAAGGGGAUGGAAGAAGAAGGUUGGGAGGGAUUUAGGGAGGUGGAGUGGGGAGGAGAGGAGGGGAUGGAGGGGGUGGGGAGAGGGGAUGUGGCGAGGGUGGUGAGGGGGGCUGUGGGGGCUCUGAGGGCGAGGAGGGAGGCGGUACUGCAGGAGCUGGCAGUGGUGGAGGGGCAGCUGGGGGAGGUGGUAUCUGAGAUGAUGCUCCGAGGGGGGGGGAUUGGCAGGUUCGCUGCUAGACUUGAGGGGGCAGGAGAGGGGGGAGGGGAGGGGAAAUGGGAGGGGGAUGGGGAGAAGGGGGAGACACAGGAGCGUAGGCAAUCGAUUGAAAAUCUGAGGUUACUUCUUUCAAAAGAGGGAGGUAGAGGAGAGGCAGAGGGGGGAGGCGGGGCAGCAGGGCAGGUGUUAACGCCUGACUUGGCAUCAGCAGUGGCUGAGAGCCUGGGAAGAGUGCGGGCGUGGGGGCAGCAGUGGAGAGAGGAGCAGCAGAUGCUGAGUGAUGUGGGCCAGUUGCUGGUCGCACUGGAGGGCACGGGAGGGAUGAGCGGAAUGGGGGAAGUGAGGACGGAUUGGGGGAGAGGAGGAGGUAUGGGAGAGGAUGGAUGCGAGGGGGAUGAGGGGAAGGCGGGGGAGGGUAGGGGGGGUGAAUCUGUGGUGGUAGGAACAAAGGAAGGCUCUAGUGGUGAUGGUGUGAGUGAUGGUGGUGAGUGUGACAGUAGCGAAGGGGAAGAAGGGGUGGUGUCUGCUUCUGAUGCUGCGGCUGAAGCGCAUGGCAGUGGCAGGCAGCAGAUAGCAAGAAAGAAGAAGCAGGCGUGGAGGCCUACCACAGAGGAAGAUAUUAUCCGGGCGGCAUCUCUUCUAGCAGUGAGGGCAUCACAGCAUGUGCACCACAUGGUGGAUGACAGGCUGCUCUCAGCAACACUGCACGACCUCACUGGCUUGGAGCGCCAUGACAAUGUGUUCAUACAGUACAAGGUGGCGCAAUCCACUCAUCAGCUUUUCCACGAGAUCAUAUGCAAGUCGGAGGUCAAUGAGGACGACCACGCGCUAUUGCACUUGAAGUCCAAGUCACUCCAAGUCCUUUCGGACGGUCUUGGAGGCAGUGGAGAUGAUCCCCGUGAUGUAGAGCAAGUGAAGGAGCUGCUUUCUCCGUUGAAGCCGGAGCAGUUUAGUAGCAUCAAGUUUGAUUUGAAUGAGGUGGCCUCCAUUCUGGACGCCUUCCGCAAGGCCUUGGAUUCCCCGCUCCCCCCCAGUCAUCUGGCGCUGCCAACCCUAGCGGAAGCGCUGCAGCUGGGGGGGAGUGGGGGGAGCGGUGCGGGAACCGGCAGCGCAGCCGCGGGGACGACCUUGCCAAAGGAAGGCAAGCUGACAGCGGAGCAGAACCAGCUGCUGGAGAUCGGCCUGCGGUCGCUGCUGCAGAGCCUCGUGGAGAGUGCGGCAGCACAGGGCGUGUCAGUGCUGAGUUACAGCCCCACAGGCCCGCCUGGUGUGCCAGGCAGCUCAGCCGCCGUCAUUCGCCUUCUCGACGUGGUGCUGCAUCUGUGCGAGGCGGGGCGCAUGGAGGGAGGGGUGGUGUUCCAGCUGUUGGAGGACCUCAUGGACCAGUCGCCCAUCGCCCACUGCCACCUCGUCUUCUCCUACAUCGAGUCAAAGCAGCACGUGCUCGCCAAGGAGCACAUCUUACAGAGAGGCAAGCUGGUGCUGCUGCGAGCGUGCAACCAGCUCGUGCGACGGCUGUCUAAGGCGAACGAUCUGGUGUUCUGUGGGCGGGUGCUCAUGUUCCUCGCUUACUUCUUCCCCAUCGCUGAGAAAUCAGCGGUGAACAUCAAGGGCGCGUUCAACACGUCGAAUAAGACCGACUACGCUCGAGAGCCCCCCCAAGAUGGAGGCCCUCUCCUGGAAUUCACGUUCUACACCACCUUCUGGAGCUUGCAGGAGUAUUUCAGCAACCCGGCUGUAGCACUACCCAAGUGGGCCGUAUUCUCGUCACACCUGCGCACCGUUCUUGACACCUUCGAAGCCCAGCCCCUGGGCACUGACGCUGAUCCAGGGGCAGAGGCAGGGACGGGCGCAGGGGAUGAGGCAGGCGCAGGGGCAGGCGAGGAAGGAGGAGCAGACGGAGCAGGUUUAGGGGCAGGAGGGGCCAGGGAGGGAGGAGAGCGGGGAGCAGGGGGAGCAGGGGGAGCAGGGGGAGCAGGGGGAGCAGGGGGAGCAGGGGGAGCAGGGGGGGUGGGGGAGGCGGUGGGGGAGAUGCUAGGGGCGUACAGCAUGAAGUAUCUGACGAGCACAAGCCUGCUGCAGUUGGAGCUAAGGGAUGGCAGCUUCCGACGCCAGUUCCUUGUGCAGUGCCUCAUCCUGCUAGAGUAUCUUAUGAUUCCAGGGAAGGCAGAGAAGGAUGAGAAGCGAGAAGCCAUGAGGGCGGAGGCCAGGGAGUUUGAGGCACGAGUGAAGAAGCUUUUGAGAAGGUUACCGCCGGGCGGCGAGGACUUUCUGACGUCUGUGGAGCAUGUGAUGCGGCGGGAGAAGCACUGG